UCAGAGGAAGUUUGCUCGAUGGUGGUACCGUGCUGCUGAACCAAACUUUUCCUCCCCUUGAGCUCCAGCGGCACCGUGGAGCGGGACGCACGGAUCCAGCGGCGGAGGGAGCUUUUGUUUCCUCGCCACACCGAGCAGCGCUGAGGAAUAUCUGGAGAAAAAACGGGGAUCGCAGAGGAAUUUCACUCCCGCAACCAAGCCCCCCUUUCUCUGCUCUCUCUUCCCCGCGCCUCCUCUGAUUUUUUUCUGGGAUCCGCGAUGGGGAAGGAGCAGGAACUUCUUGAAGCGGCGCGCACGGGAAACCUAGCCGCAGUGGAGAAGCUUUUAUCCGGGAAGCGACAGUCCGCAGGCACCGGCAGCGGAUCGUACGGGACCGGUGGAAGCGGCAACAGCGGCGGGCACGGAGCCUCCUCUCACCCGCUCUCCAGUCUGCUCAGCAUCUGGAGAGGCCCCAAUGUGAAUUGUGUGGACAGCACUGGAUACUCCCCUCUCCACCACGCCGCCCUGAAUGGACACAGCGAGGUGGUGGAGGUGCUGCUACGAAACGAGGCCUUGACCAACAUCGCCGACAACAAGGGCUGCUACCCUCUCCACCUGGCCGCGUGGAAGGGAGACGAACAUAUCGUCAAAUUGCUCAUUCACCAAGGGCCUUCACACCCCAAACUCAACGAGCAGAGCUCUGUAGACCAUAAAGAGUUCAAACGCUGUGGGCCCUUUGACCCCUAUAUUAAUGCCAAGAACAAUGACAACGAGACGCCGCUGCACUGUGCCGCCCAGUACGGCCACUCCAGGGUGGUGCGGCUGCUGCUGGAGGAGCUGACGGACCCCACCAUGAGGAACAACAAGUUUGAGACUCCACUGGACCUGGCUGCGCUGUACGGCCGCCUGGAGGUGGUCAAGCUGCUGCUCAGCGCUCACCCCAACCUGCUCUGCUGCAACACCAAGAAACACACGCCGCUGCACCUGGCCUCUCGCAACGGACACCUGUCUGUGGUUGGGGUGCUGCUGGACGCUGGCAUGGACAUCAACUAUGAGACGGAGAAAGGCAGUGCCCUUCAUGAAGCGGCUUUGUACGGGAAGACGGAUGUGGUGCUGAAACUUCUCAGAGCAGGUAUCGAUGUGAACAUCGUGGACCAGAAGGGCCUGACAGCGCUGGACACUGUCAAGGACAUGCCCUCCCAGAAGAGCAGAGGGAUAGCUGCUCUCAUCCUAGGUCACAUGGCUGGAAAACCCCCUGACAUUGAUCUCCCUCCUCCGCCAAUCCCUCCGCCUCAGGAGAGUCCCAGCCCACGGAAAAAGAGUGAUAUGGAGAAAGUGAGUGAGCUGAUCUCGGGGCUGGCCCCGGGGCCCGAGGAGGAGAGCCCGUACGAGGCUCUAUUUGAAGCCACCUCUUGUCACUCUCUGGACAGCCUCACAAGCGGAAAGUCCUCCGACAGGGACUCUGGACGGCCGGAUAGUGAAGCCGGCAAGAAAGACCGCCUGGUCCACUCAUCACAUACUGGCCCUGGUCAUGAAGAAGAGGUGAGCUCAGAGGCGCUGUAUACUAACAGCAGUAUUGAUGAGAGAGGCGAGCCGGUGGAGGAGGAGGAUCACACAUAUGAGCUGUUGCUGACUGCUCAGACCAAACACCCACCACACGGCCAGGAGUCCCAAUCCAAAAAAGAUGAGAACACCACUAUACAGUCUUCCAACAGUGUCCUACCUCAGCGUAAACCCACUGCCCCAAACGACCUCAGAGCCCCGAGCAAGACGAAAGACACCCUGCACCCUCCCGGGCGGGUGAGCCCUCGGGCUCCAGGAGAUAACUCCCAGCUCAGCCAGGAUCAGGGAGCAGGUGUCCCGGAGCAGUUCACUGGCCUCCUGCACGGAUCCUCCCCUGUCUUCGAUAGCAGCGAGGAGCCCUUCAGGCUUCCAGGUGUCCCGCCAUCCAACCAGAGCCAGCCAGAACCAAGAAAACCUGCCAAAGUAAAACAGGAAGUAGCAGCAGCUGCACCGCCACCUAGCCGUCCCAGUAUGGCCGCCAUCCUGACGGACUGUGAUCCAAAAGCAAUUUAUGCAACUGUGAACAAAGAGCCCAGAGACUUGGGGGCUGGGGCAGUGAGGAUGCGGCCUCCCGGGGACCUGAAGCUGGCACGCAGCCUCUCCAAGUCUGACUCGGACCUGCUAGUGUCGCCCCCUAGUGAGGAGGACGGAGGGUUGGGAAACCGCAGCGAGUCUGUUUCUAACUGUAGCACUGGAAAGAAGAGGCUGGAGAAAUCUCCCUCCUUCACCUCAGAAUGGGACGAGACACCGACGGCUUCUCCCACCACAAAACAGCGAAGAUCUAAUUCCUUUGACAGCAUCGAGAAGAUCAUGACACUGAUUGGUGCCGGCAUCGAUUUUUCCAGAGAUCAGCAAUAUGCUACACCAGCAGGUGCUGCAGGCCGGCUGCUGGACCAGCCCGUGGGCGACUGGCUGGAGCACGUGGGGCUGCCGCAGUACGAGAGCAAACUCCUCCUGAAUGGUUUCGACGACCUGCACUACAUGGGGAGCAAUGUAAUGGAGGACCAGGACUUGAGAGAGAUUGGUAUCACAGACCCGAGCCACAGAAAAAAGAUCCUGCAUGCAGCACGUUCGUUACCCAAGGUGAAAGCGCUGGGCUGUGACGGCAGCAGCUCCCUCUCCUCCUGGCUGGAGAACCUGGGCCUGCACGAGUACUUACACAACUUCCUGACCAGCGGCUACCGAACUCUGGACUGUGUCAAGAACCUGUGGGAGCUGGAGAUUGUCAAUGUGCUAAAGAUCUCCCUACUUGGUCACAGGAAACGCAUCAUUGCUUCCUUAGCAGAGAGGCCUUACGAGGAACCUCCAGUCAAGCCUCCUCGUUUGUCUCAAAUCAGGUGCCAAGACCUGCCUGGAUCCCAGAGCUCGUCUCCCCUCAGUCAGAUGGAGUCCUACACAGGACGCUCAAUGGACCCUCUGCUGCCAGUCGGAGAGCCGGGGAGGAAAAAAGUGCCAGAUACUGAUUAUGACGUCACCCAAAGAUAUCACAGUGAACGACACAGACAACAUGAACGAUAUGAAGAACGGCAUCGAGAGCCCCGUCUGACGCUGCGACCGCCAAGUCUUGCAGCACCGUACGCCCCGGUCCAGAACUGGCAUCAUCAACCUGAGAAACUCAUCUUUGAAUCCUGCGCCUACGAAGCCAGUUACCUCGGUUCCAUGCUUAUUAAGGAUCUGAGGGGUACCGAGUCCACGCAGGAUGCCUGUGCCAAAAUGCGGAGGUCGACAGAACAAAUGAGAAAAGUCCCGACCAUCGUCCUCUCAAUCACCUACAAGGGUGUGAAGUUCAUUGAUGCAGCCAAUAAGAACAUCAUCGCGGAGCAUGAGAUCCGGAAUAUUUCGUGUGCAGCCCAGGACCCAGAGGACUUGUGCACAUUUGCCUACAUCACCAAGGACCUGCAGACCAGUCACCACUACUGCCAUGUGUUCAGCACAGUAGACGUGAAUCUGACCUAUGAGAUUAUACUGACGCUUGGCCAGGCGUUUGAGGUAGCCUACCAGCUGGCUCUGCAGGCCCAGAGGACCAAACAGCACCAGAAUCUCCCAGUGGGACCCGGUUCAGAGGUUAUCGAGACCAAGUCCAGCAGACCUGUACCCAAACCACGAGGCAGCGUACGGAAGUCAGCCGACUCUCCUCCUCUCGACAGUCGUUGCUGUUACUGUUACACCUGCACCACCCAUCGUCCCUCCUUCCUACCGCUGCACUCUGCCAGCCCUGCUGCCCAGGGGGACAUUGCAGAGCAGGAGGGGGACUCUCAGUCCCAGGGCAGCGCCACGUGGCUCGUGGACCCCAAGGAAUCCAAGCGCACUAUCAGCACUAAGUACGAGACCACCAUAUUCUGAGUGGACCCCUCUUGCUUCUGACCUCUGGGCCUGGUCUCACUCCUCUUCCUUCCCCUCCUUCUGUGUGCCUUUCACUGUGACUCUCCCUCUCUGGGCCGGACCCCCGUCCUCCCCCGUCCCCCUUCAGCCAUCACUAGUGUCCUCUCCUCUCUGACGAUGACAGCCUGCGAGUGCUUUGCUCCUUCCUGUGCUAAACCACCUCCGCUUCUAGACUUUUUCUUCAUUAAUAGUGCAUCCGCUUUCCCUCCUCUAGGUGGUAUCUCUCACACUACCAGCCUGCCGCUCACCUUUGCUGUUAUCCUCCUCUCUAUUUACCGUGUAUGCUUCCUGAACUCUGUGUACAAUGCUCCCUUUUUUCUUUCCCCGUCAACAUCCUGCUAUUGACUCUUGGUGAUAAGCUCUUUUUUUUUUUCUUGGUGCUUUUCCUGCUCUGUUAGGCGACGGCCGCUCUGAGGCUUUUCCCUCUGAUCUUUCAACUCCCGACUUCUCCGAGCGCCGAGAAAAUUUGACCCACUGCACACAUCCUGUACCUGGAUGGACAUGUUUCCUGAGGAAACUGACAAACUGCUCCUGUAAUUCAACGUCAGACUUUAGCAGACUGUUUCUGUUGGGUGGGGUGGAGGUCGGGGUGUUAUUGAGGUUACACAGGAUUUACCAAGGGGGAUAUUUCUCACUGUCAGCAGUCUGCUCAAAGCUAAAGGAGGCUAAGAUCCUAGCACUGUGAUAAGGUCCUUUUGGAGCUAAUAAAGUAAGCAUUUAAGGGGAUUUUCUAGUGGAGGGAAGGAGGGGGAUAAUAGGGCAUAAAAGCUGAUAUGGACCCGCAUGUUAGUGGUCCUUGCUGCUCCAGAAAAUAGACAGUCUGUCUUAAGACUGGCAUGCCCUCUUCUGUCUAUCAAUCAGAGCACCAGGAUGUAAACGUGAUGCUUCCUCUGGAGUGAACUAACUAUUACUAAGCACUUUUACCAAAUCCCCAAGUGUGCAAGAAUAAGUGCAUUUUCCUCUGUCCUGUCUUUUUUUUCUUCUUUUCACAACAAAUGCCUUCUACAUUCAUCCUGUCAGCAUUGCCUUUUGUUUUGCCAAUCAUUAGCAGGUUAAUAUUUCACAGCUGCUGGUUAAAAGUGUAAAUCAUUAUAAGGGUAGGGGUGAUCCAUCACCAUCACGUCUGUUUGUGUCCAUUAGUUUUUCUGUUAUUUUAACUUUAUUUUAACCUCACUGCUUUGUGUGCGUGUGUCUGUGUCCCUUCCUUAUAGCUGAACACUGUGGCCACUCCCAGCCAGUAAGAAAGGACAGGAAUGAGCCCUGUUGCAUGGCGGGUAGGAUGUUUUGUUGGAAAAGUGACCCACUUUUCAUGCAGCAGGACUAACAUCACACCAGUUGGAUGGAGCUCACCACAGUAACACACGGGGCCCGGAGACAAACAGACAUAAAGCUUUCAACAUCUGAUCAUCUGGCCCCGCCGGCUUCAUCUCACACACACACAAACACUCCAUUUACCUACCUAUCCCAUAUCAGGUGUGUUUGUUGUGCUUUAUGCAUUUUCCGAAAAAUGAAUUGUUGCCUAUUAGCACCUAUCAGGCCUCCUUCAUAAAGCAGGGUUCGUACAAAGUUUGGGAAAUGCUUAUUUUUAGCUAUUGUUUUUUCAAUGUUAAGAAUAUGCCUGAAAUUGAGUAUACUCAUUUAAAAUGCUUGAUUCUCAACAUAAACUUCUGCUACAUCUACAAAAUUACUCACGUAAAACAAAAAUGUACUUUAUGUAUUUCAAAUUAAACAAUCCUGUCGCCUUUUUUGUUUAUUGUCUCCUGGUGACUCACACCAGAUGAGCUAAGAUAAGUCUUCUGUUGAUCCCUUACUAAUUAAGCCUUAAAUAAUCAAAAAUAGCUGGUAAAAUAAACAGGGUCAAUAUGCAUUGAUUGCUGUAGAUUUCGGGCUUCAACAGUCUGGAAAUAUUUGCUUGUGGUAUCUUGAAAGUGCUUUAAAAGUGCUUUUAAAAAAGCUGUACGAACCCUGCACAGACAGUUCGUGUUUACUCUUUGAGGAAAUGUAUUUGCUGUGUCACAAUGCAGAAGUUGUAGUUAAAGGGGAAGUGGCGGCGAUAAGGAACAUUAUUUUUUUUUCGUUAUGAAACAAAGGUACAAACUGUCAGACAGAGACCUCACACUGUAGGUACGCACUCCUUCCUGGAUUCUUCGUCCUUUAUCCACAUGUUGUAACGUCUCUUCAUCACCAUGAUCUUGUCAUCCACAACAUAUAUGUAUAACUGUGAUAAACAAUGUAAUCUUGCACGGGAGGAACUCUCUAACCAAACUCAAAGGGCAGGGGAACUGACACUACAAAGACUGUUUUAUAAUAAUAAUAAUAAUAAUAAUAAUUAUAUAACAAGGGGUGGCUUUUAUUUGAUUGAAAGUUUUUUUUUUUCUGUAUGUUUUAAUUGUUUUAUGGGACAAUGAUGUGUCCUAAUGCUGGAACUGGAUCAGGUGUGGUUCACUGCAGCUCCCUCUCUCCUUCCCUGCUCCUUUGUUCUAGACAAGAUUAUUCACCAAACCUGCCAUGCAGGCUGGUGUGUCUUUAGAUUUUAGCUGCAGAACAGAACAUUAGGGCAUGUUUCUCCUCGCUAACUCCCAGUGUUUUGACUGUUUAUGGUACUUUUUGGUCAGCCGAUGUGUAUAUGGGUACAAAGUCUGGUCUUUUUGAUUUAACUGUUGUAAAUGUGGUACGUCGUCAGGCCAGUAUGAUAACUCUAUGGUACACUGUCUUCAGCUCGCUGGUGUCGGCACCUUUCGGCCAUCAGCCUGGUCCUGUUCUGCUUUUGCACAUUGUUUUGGAUCAGGAGAGAUAUUUAGGGACUAAUCUGAUGACAACAACGAUGAGAAUGAUAUUGUACAUGAAUCUAGCGUUCUGUAUUUUGAUACUUGAAUGAUUUUUGCUUUUAUAGAUAUCUAUAUAUAUGUAUAUGUAUGUAUGUACGUAUGUAAUUUUUGACUUUGUCAAAAGAGAGAAAAGGACUAUGUCUUAUAAAGUUAAACAUAUCGUGAAUAAAUACCCUGUGAUUUAAAAAAAAAAAAAAAG